UUCAUGGGUCGAAAUGUCAAAAUAAAUUUGGUUGGAAAAUUAACCUGCUGAAGGAAGUUUGUUGAUACGGAAAAGGAGGACAUUUAGGAUUAUUUUUCUAUUCAAAUAACGAAUAAUAUAAUGACAAAACUAAUUAACAAAGACGCAGAGCGCCUGAAUCCUUGUUUGAAGGAACAAGAACAGUCCUACCACUGUUUAAACAAAAAUAACUUCGACCAGGAUAAAUGUGACGUCUAUUUCGACAACUAUAAUACAUGCAAAAAGUUCUGGGGCAAGGUUUAUAAAGACAGGAAAGCCAAGGGCCUGUACCCAUAUUUACCCGAUGUGGAAGACAGAGCGAAAAUAAAAGAGGACUAUGUUAAGAGUGUCCGGGGAAAGAACUAACAACUGAAGCAUAUUCCAUAAUACAUUUUAUUUAUGUACAAUAUAUUUUUGUUUCAUAUUGAUAUUAGAUUGUUUAAUUCAAGUAAAAGCACAACUAUUGUUUCCA